AUGGUAAAGGCUGAGCAAUCAAGUGAAAAGUCUACUAAUCAAGAAGAGUUUUAUAAUGUUAAUGAUGAUGGUGAUAAUGUUGAACAAUUUGUUGACAUUAAUGAUAAUGUUGAGCAAUUUGAUUACGUAAAUGUUGAUGGUGUAAAUGAUGGAGUAAAUGUUGAUUGCGUAAAUGCUGAUGGUGCUAAUAUUGAUAAUGUUAAUGAGGAGUAUACUAGAAUUUCAGAAGACAAUGAGCAAAAUAAUGACCAUGUUGAACAAGUUGAAUAUAUCAAUUUUGAUAUUUAUGACCCAAUAAAUUGGGAUGGUCUUGAUGUGAAUAUGAUUGAUGUUUUGGCGAUAAAUGGCCUUAAAAGAGACUUAACCUUAGUAAGAGGCCCUAAAGAUAAAUCCUCUCGAAGAUUUUCUUCGGCCUUUUAUACUAGAAUUUUUCCUAAUGGAGAAACUUGUGAUAGAGAAUGGCUUGUUUAUUCUAAAUAA